AUGGAGACAAUGAAGGUAGAAACAAUUGCUAAGGAAAUCAUAAAACCAUCUUCCACAACUCCAAAUGAUCUCCAAACUCUCCAACUCUCUAUUUAUGAUCACAUCCUCCCUCCUGUUUACACAGUCGCCUUUCUCUUCUACACAAAAGAUGAUUUGAUCUCUCCUGAACAAAGUUCUCACAAACUCAAGACUUCUCUUGCCGAAACCUUGACAAAAUUCUACCCUCUUGCAGGCAGAAUCAAAGGCGUCACCAUCGAUUGUAACGACGAAGGAGCUGUUUUUGUUGACGCUCGUGUCAAUAACUAUCCUCUCUCUGAUUUCCUGAGAUCUCCGGAUUUUAAAACCCUCCAACAGUUACUUCCUCUGGACGUCAUCGAUGAUCCUUACGAGGCAGCUACUACAUGGCCUUUGCUACUCGUGAAGGCGACUUACUUUCCAUGUGGUGGCAUGGCCAUAGGAUUAUGCAUCACUCACAAAAUCGCGGACGCAACCUCCAUCUCAACUUUCAUUCAGUCUUGGGCUGCUAUGGCUCGAGGAGAGGCUGGCGACAUAGUGGCUGAUCCCGUGUUUGCGGCAGCAAAUUUCUACCCACCAGCAAAUGAGUUAUUUAAGUUUCCGGUUGACGAAAAUGCCAACAAGAUAAGCCAAAUAACGAAGAGAUUCGUGUUCAGUGCGUCUAAGUUGGAAGAGCUCAGGACCAAAGCAGCUAGUGAAGACUUUGUAGGCCGGCCUAAGCGGGUGGAAAGUGUCACUGCGCUUCUUUGGAAAGCCUUUGUUGCAGCUGCAUCCUCAAAUACAAAUGCUUGUGAUAUGAAGGUAUUGAUCCAGCCCUCUAACUUGCGCCCCAAGAUACCUUCUCUUUUGGCAGAAAGCCUGAUCGGAAACAUAAUGUUCUCUUCUGUGGUCUUGGGUAUUAGUCAACAAGAGGAAAUUAAAAUUGAAAAGGCAGUUCGAGACUUACGAAAACAGGGAGAUGACUUGCAAAAUGUAAUCAAAGAAGAGGGUGGGUCGUCUUCUGCGAUGAUUGGUUCUAAACUAGCAAACCUAAUGCUCACUAAUUAUUCGAAGUUGAGCUAUGAGACUCAUGAACCCUACACCGUGAGUAGCUGGUGCAAACUACCCCUUUAUGAGGCCAGUUUCGGAUGGGGAUCACCGGUUUGGAUUGCCGGUAAUGUUGCUCCCAUGUUAGAAAACGUAACUAUGUUGAUUGAUUCCAAGGAUGGACAAGGAAUUGAAGCGUUUGUCACAUUGCCCGAAGAGAACAUGUUGUCUUUAGAGCAGAACACAGAACUCCUAGCCUUUGCUUCCGUGAAUCCUAGUGUCUUGGUCUAA